UUCACAUUGAAGCUUCUUUGUUCGCACGCGGUCGAGUGCAUGACACGGAGCCAUAACGCCUUAAAAGUGGAGCACCGCUUGCCAUUUUGCUACCUCUUUCAGCCUAGCGCCCUUCUUUGCGCUCCCGCGCGAAAGCCGCCGAGCCCCCUGACGGCCGAUUGGGUGGCGAUCCUGUCUUCAACGUCACUUCUCGUCUCUCUUGAAGACUGUUCCAAGUCGACGAUACGACCGCACAGGGCAGACCAGCAAGGCAAGAGGAACAUCGCCGACACAUCAUCCCGACUGGGACAGGACUGGAGGUCCCUCGAUGCCUGAACCCAAGAAGACACCCCCUUUGACAGGAGCAGCAGCACCACAAAAGGCCUGCCAUAACUGUCGCCGCCGCCGACUUCGGUGUGACAAAUCUGUCCCCUCCUGUCACAAGUGCUCAAUCAACGGCGAAGAGUGUCUUGGCUAUGGAACCUUCUUCCGAUGGGCGAAUGCCCCAGCUGUCCGGGGCCGCCUCGCGUUGCCAAAGCCAAAGAAAGAGCCCUUGAAGAGUCGAACACCAAGUUUGCCAUCACCAACAUUAUUCUCGUCCAUCUCAACAGUAUCGCCUUCAGAUUCCCCAUUGAUAUCUUCUUCAGUAUCCCCGUUGCUGUCGCCCUUGGUAUCGCCCCUGGUAUCAUCGGUGUCACCGGCGUCAUUUACAUCGGAGUGUGACUAUCAAACCAAACCUCUCAGCCGUGCUGAGCUCAUGGUCAUCAACCGCGAGGUUCAGGCUAUGAAGGAUGAGGAGGAAGGAACAUAUAGGUACACUCUGGUUCACCCCUCCCUACUGGAUCCAUUUCACAGCUCCCUGGACUGGAAAUCAAAACAUUAUAUCCACCACUUCUCCAAUGCCGUCUGCCGUGAUCUGGUCUCGAUCGACCAGCAAUCCCGCAACCCCUUCCGCGCCAUGAUUCCUCUUGCUGGCCGGUUUGAUUACCUGCACUCAAUUAUCGUGGCCACGGGGGCUAUGCACCUGGCCACACUGCAAAAUUACCACAACCGCCGUCCAGGAGGGCCAGAACUGGUUGACGCCCUCGUGGCUAAGGGAAAAGCCGUAUCGGCACUCACGAGAGCCGUAGCAAGUGCCGGCGAAGAAGUUACACCCACAAGCCAGGCCAUGAUCUUGGCAGCGAUAGUUUUCUUCGUCAACCUCGACUUGAUUGACAACGGCAAGGGGAGCUGGCAGGCUCACAUCGAGGCAGCUAGCACGCUCAUGACAUCGAUUCAGAAGCAGGUCGCCAGUGGCGGGGCCGAGAACAGGGUGAUAAUAGACGACAGCCUGAUGAGGCUGGUGGACGCCAUCGCGGCGGAUUGCUUGACAUAUCGGAUUCUUGGGACGACCAUAAGCGGCGUUGACACAACGUGGGCUGACUCGAUGGAACACUCGGAUUUCUUUUCUGUGCUCAGCCGGGCCGAGGCCCAUAGCUAUCACUGUUGCCCACCAGUCAUGCUGGAGACCAUCCUGGCUACCAGCAGACUGUUUCAUGAUCAUCUGAGCGCACCAGAGGAAAAGGUGAAGCGAGCGCUGGAGCUCUUGGGCCGCGCCAAAAAGUUCGACGUCGUGGACUGGGUCUAUGCGAUUCAGGGGCUGUCGUUGGAGCAAGAUGAUUUAUCUGUGCGAGUGAGUUUGGCAAGGGCACAUCGCGCGGCGGCAUGUCUGUACAUUUUACUUUGUGUGCCGGACGCUCUCAAACCACUGGGUUUGGUUUCCCUAGAGCCCCUGGUCCUGGAGCUGCGUGGGUAUAUAGCCGAGGUGCCACUCGAUCAUGUGCUUCUCAAGGGUAUCGUCUGGCCUGUGUUCCUGGCGGGCGCGCAAACCACCAAAGCCUCUCAGCGGGUCUGGUAUGUUGAAAGGCUCGAAUCGGUUUGGGCAAAAAACCCUUGGAUUUGUCCUUGGGGUUACAUACGUACCGCCAUCGAAAUGAUGAGGGAAAUCUGGGAAGCCAGAGAUGCCAUGGAGAUGGCCGGCCUGGAGGAGCUCGGCGGGUGGAAUUGGCUGGCUGCCAUGAAGAGUAGGCGAGAGCAGUGCUUGAUUGUCUGAACACCUGACUUGCAAUUCAAUUGUUUUCGGCGUCUCAUAGGUACCCAAGCCAGCCAGGUAGCUAGUCACUGGGGCUACUGCCGUAGCUGUUUACACAGCUUAGAUCAGCAAUGUUAUACAAAUGAUCAACCACGUCACGUGGAUGUGUGCUGGUACAACCGGAUGGGUUUGGACCAAAUAGCACGCAAAUGAGAAGCGCCCCGCCCCUCAAAGUGUCAUCACACAUUUCUCUUGAACGUGGUUUGAU